UUCUGCUUGUCUGAAUAUUGUCUGGAUAUAGGCACUCAGCAGCCUCACCUUCAUUUAUCCUUCCACACGGCCCUAAGAAGCUUCAUUGAGGCAAACAGCCAACAAAAAGAACUUGUGCAAAAAUGAAAAUUGCUGCAUUCAACGCCAGGAGAUUCGGAGUGAAGAAAUGCUCAGACCCUAAGGUCUCCGCUGUUAUCACUAAGAUUGUGGCUCGUUAUGACAUCAUUGUGAUUCUAGAAGUAUUCGAUGCAAAGGAAAAAGCAGCCAAGAAGCUUGUGGAGCAGUUGAACAGCUGCAGCGACAGAGCUCGUUAUAAUUACAUUCUGAGCACACCUCUGGGGAGAAAAGAAUAUAAGGAACAAUACCUCUUUGUCUAUCGGGAGGAGCAGGUGAAGGUGAAGGGUACGUACCAGUAUGAAGAUAUGCAGCAUGGAGACGAAGAUUCCUUUGCCCGGGAACCCUUCAUUGUCAGAUUUGAAGCCAAACAGGCUGCUGUGAAAGAUUUUGUUCUGAUUCCGAUACACACCACUCCAAAGGACUCGGUGCAGGAGAUCGAUGAGUUGCAUGACGUCUAUGAGCAUGUUAAAGAGAAAUGGGGUACCGAGAAUAUAAUACUACUUGGAGACUUCAAUGCAGACGGAUCCUACGUUUCAAACAAAAAAAUGAAGACAAUCCGGUUGAGGACAGAUCCUGAUUUACACUGGCUCAUUGACGAUGAUACAGAUACAACAGCCAUCAACACAACAGACUUCUCUUAUGACCGAAUUGUUGUUCACAGUUCGAUACUGAAACACAUUGUUCCCAACUCAGCCAAACCCUUCAACUUUCAAGAGGAAUAUAAAUUGUCCUACGAGGAGGUUGUUGCAGUGAGUGAUCACUAUCCAGUGGAAGUAGAACUCAAUCCCGCAAAAGGAAUAAAACGAAAGAAGAAGAAAGAUGAAAAACAAUGAAUCCACAAAAUCCUGUCUCCCCAUUUCAUACCAAGGAACCAAUGAGGAAGACUAAUUUGUUUCCCCUUCCUGACACAUUGCUUCCUGUUCUAUGUACAGGUAUGGAGUCCAUUAUCCAGAAACCUGUUAUCCAGAAAGCUCUGAAUUACAGAAAUACCUUCUCCCAUAG